GACUGCCGCCGGGGGUGAACGACUGCCCGGCCGGCCAGACGGCCAGGGUGACUUCCAAUCUGCACCCGACUAGUACUAUGGCCGUUAGCCGGGUGCCGAGCCCCCCGCCUCAAGAGGUCAACACGCCCGUCGCCGAGAAUUGGUGUUACACGCAGGUGAAAGUAGUCAAAUUCAGUUAUAUGUGGACUAUAAACAACUUUAGUUUUUGCCGGGAAGAAAUGGGCGAAGUUUUGAAAUCCUCGACGUUUUCUGCAGGUGCCAAUGACAAACUGAAGUGGUGUUUGAGGGUGAAUCCUAAAGGUUUAGAUGAAGAAAGCAAAGACUAUCUCUCAUUAUAUUUGUUAUUAGUGUCGUGCAAUAAAAGUGAAGUUAGAGCCAAAUUUAAAUUUAGUAUAUUAAAUGCAAAACGCGAAGAGACAAAAGCGAUGGAAAGUCAAAGGGCUUAUAGAUUUGUGCAAGGGAAGGAUUGGGGUUUCAAGAAGUUCAUCCGAAGGGAUUUUCUGCUGGACGAGGCCAACGGUCUUCUUCCUGAUGACAAACUAACGAUAUUUUGUGAAGUUAGUGUCGUCGCCGAUAGUGUAAAUAUUUCAGGCCAGUCAAAUACGAUACAGUUCAAAGUUCCGGAGUGUCGGUUAUCGGAUGAUUUAGGUUUGUUGUUCGAGAAUCAAAAGUUCAGCGACGUCACGUUAUCGGUUGCGGGGAGGGAGUUUCAAGCUCACAAAGCCAUCCUAGCAGCUCGAAGUCCUGUAUUCCAAGCGAUGUUCGAACACGAAAUGGAAGAAAGGAAACACAAUCGGGUGGACAUAACGGAUGUCGAUCAUGAGGUGUUGCGUGAGAUGCUGAGGUUCAUCUACACGGGCAAGGCGUCCAAUCUCGAAAAGAUGGCCGACGAUUUGCUCGCCGCCGCCGAUAAGUAUGCACUGGAGAGGCUGAAAGUGAUGUGUGAAGAAGCACUUUGUACAAAUUUAUCGAUAGAAAACGCCGCUGAAAUCCUUAUAUUAGCGGACCUCCAUAGCGCCGAUCAGCUGAAAGCUCAGGCGAUAGAUUUCAUCAAUACGCACGCCACCGACGUGAUGGACACCCCCGGCUGGAAGUCGAUGAUCCAGACGCACCCCCAUCUCAUAGCGGAGGCUUUCCGCGCGCUCGCCACCCAGCAGAUCCCGCCCAUCGGCCCGCCCAGGAAGCGGGUCAAGCAGAGCUGAAACCCGCCGGCCCCGCUCCCGCCGUCGGGCGACGCGCAGUGAAACCGUUUUCUGGGCGUGAGUCGGUCCCAACCGACUGCUUCAAUGUGUUCAACGAUGGUGAAUGUACGGGGUGUGCGGGAUUCGAGGGGUAUGUUUGGGAUAUAUCGGUGACUGUGACAGAUACGAAUGCCGGUUGGAUG